UCAGACAGGGAUUCAAGAUGUAUAAAAGGUGGACAGGCUCAGAGCAUCCCACAGCAUCCUUCAGCAUCCCCACACUCCAGCAGCUAGUGAACGAAGUGCACAUCCGGCCCAGAAUGUCUCAGCAGAAGCAGAAGCAGUGUGCUCCCCCACAGCUGUGCUGCCCCCCACCGAAGCAGUGCUGCCCCCCACCCCAGCCGUGCUGCCCCCCACUGAAGCAGUGCUGCCCCCCACCGAAGCAGUACUGCCCCCCACCCCAGCCGUGCUGCCCCCCGCCCCAGCCGUGCUGCCCCCCACCAAAGCAGUACUGCCCCCCGCCCCAGCCAUGCUGCCCCCCACCGAAGCAGUGCUGCCCCCCACCCCAGCCGUGCUGCCCCCCACCGAAGCAGUGCUGCCCCCCACCAAAGCAGUGCUGCCCCUCACCAAAGCAGUGCUGAGCCCCGCCUCAGCAGACCCAGGAGCCUUGCCAGCCUCUACCCAAGUGCAAGGAGUCCUAUGCCCCCAAGUGCCAAUAGAAGCACUCACCCCUUCAGCAGUGUCAGAAGUCCAAUAAGAAAUACGCUCAGGCAUGAGGCCAAGGGCUAAUCCACCAGGAGAACAGAGAGCAUGAAGCCCACUCCCCUCUCUCAGUCAGUUGUCAGCCCCACUCACCCCCGGUUCCUGGAGGCAGCCACUCUUCGGGAAAAGGCGGCAACAAUAGGAUGGCAGCUUCCCGGAUCUCAACCUCUUAUUAAUUAGCAGCUGCAAUUUCCAUCUCAGAUGAGAAUCUGGUUCUAAACCGACUAUUCACCUUUGCUGACAUGUAUCUACAUCACCCUGUCGGCUUCUUGGAAACUUGGGCAGCAUGCCCAGACGCCGUUUUCUAACACCCUUCAUUUGCUGCUCCUGUUUUCCAAACAAUUAAACACAAUUCUUCUGGCA